ACCGAGGAAUUUCAGCAGGUCUGACGUACUGACUGUCACGAUGCCACGACUCAUUGUCGCUCUGAUGAUAGCUGCUUUGUCAACAGAGAUCUACACCACCAGCAGUUUGAAAUCCAGCUACCACAGUAAAGAUCAGGUAAUACUCAAAGCCCUGAGAGAUUUAAGCCGUGCAUCAAUACCGGCAUCAGCAAAGAAUUCCAGGAAUUUACCUGCUGAUAAGGUCCAUUCAGCUGAUGGAAAGUUUCCCAGGUCAGAAUGGUGGAUGUCAAAGCUGGUCCUCCCUCAGACUAUCAAGAAACGUCAAGAUGUGUCCUCAUACAACCUCAACUCCUUUGGUCUACGUUACGGAAAGUGACACAACACCUGAUGUCUGUUGUUAUUCUGUGUUAGAGCUGAUAUUUUAAUUUCUUUGUACAUUCAGAGUGGGGAAAGCUCAAUAAAAAUGUUGGUUAAAGAUUA